AUGGCCUUGCAACUCCUUUCCUGGUCGCCUCUGCGCGCCUCGGGUUCCCUCAUGGGCCCCCUGUCCACUUGUCGGUGGAGUUCUACCGCGGCGCCCGCCACUUCGUUAAACCGAGUGACCCCCCGUCGUCGGAUGCCCGGUCGCCAAAGAUUUAUCGAAGAACAGAAGUCUCAGGCCGAAAGCCGGACACUGGAAAGGUUCCAAACGCGCGAAUGGAAGGCCGGCGACAUCUAUGCGCCUCAUGACCUGAGCUCAGCCGAGAUGAGCAAGUGGAGGAGACGCUCUAAUCCGUCGAGGGAUGCCUUUGAUGCCCUGAACUUGAACCCGUUGGAACUAUACAAGAACUUUGCGGUCAUGUCGGAAUGUAUGACACCCAUGGGACGGAUCAAGCACCGAAAUCACACCGGACUGCGACCGGUGAACCAACGCAAGAUUGCCAAAGCCAUUCGACGAGCCAUCGGACUUGGCCUGAUGCCCAGUGUUCACCGACACCCCGAAAUCCUGGCCGGAGAAGCCAGAUCGAGGAUGGGUUAA